CGAAACAAUAGUUUUUCUAGGUAAAUGCAGGGUUCUGCAAGAAUAUGCCGAGGAAGCAAUCAAUUGUGUUUGUGUUUUAGAGCUAAUACGCCAAAAGGGUCCUUUGAAACUGCAUCGCCUCUAAAAAAGGCGGUCCAUUGCAGUAGAAUUUAUAAAUAGGGAAACUGGCCCUGUCGAAUUCAAAAAAACCCACCAUGAACUGUUCCCACAAAAGGUCCAAUUCGGUUGACCACACCUAUCGGAGCUCUAUCACCAGUAACCUUAGCUUGGGCCACAGAACCGGUAGCAGCUCGGUCACUCCUCCCGAGAGUCCUACAUUCAACUGUAAAACCACGCCCAUGAAGCAGGCGUACUUUCCGCUUGAAAUUGAUUUGGACGAAGUGACCAAACACUCCCAGAAACUUGAGGCUCGCUUGGCGCAGCAGCUGGCUGGUAAGCUGGACUUGUACUGGAAGCCGGAUACCGUGCAUAUGAACCUUAGUGAGAUAGCACCGUGGCACUCCAAGGGUGUCCAGAACAAAGAUGGACUACACCUCAAUCGCACAGUAUCACCAACCACUCGUUUGCAAAGUGGCAUUGAGGAGCGUCCGGAACGCUUCCAGUUGCCCCAGCUAAGCGAAACGUUGAUCCAGAAAUAUCAAACUCAAGACCUCAAGCAGACCAAACUGCUGCGGUUCUUACGUCGACUUAGUAAGAAGCUUGAAAAUAUGAUAUGACUAGAGAGUGGAAUUAUAUUUAUAUUGCCAAUACACCACAGGCUGGACCUGUGAACCUAUAAUUGGGCCUCUAAAGCUUCUAACUGGGCAAGGACUGCGGACUUUGCCGUUCCUCCUAUAGCAUCUCUUCUUUCUACACUAACUUCGAAGUCAAACACCUCCUUAACGUCUGCUUCAAAUCUGGAGUCAAUCUCCUUGAACUGGGCAGUUGAAAGCUUAUCGAUUCCAGAGAGCUUUAAUUCCUCAGCCGUUCUAACACAAUCACCUGAGAUGUGGUGGGUUUCUCUGAAUGGUACCCCUUUUCUUACCAAGUAGUCAGCCAAAUCGGUGGCCAACAUGUCCAUGGUCAAAGCACCUUCCAUUCUUUGUUUGUUGAUGGUCAAGGUAGAAAUUACCCCGGUAGCAAUCAAAAUCGAGUGUUCGACGGUGGUUAAAGCAUCAAAUAAUGGUUCCUUGUCUUCUUGCAUAUCCUUGUUAUAAGUGGAGGGAAUAGACUUAGUAGACAUAAGGAACCCCGAAAGCGAACCAAAAACUCUACCACUCUUUCCUCUCAAUAAUUCUAACGAGUCAGGGUUCUUCUUCUGAGGCAUCAAUGAAGAACCAGUCGAAUAGGCAUCUGAUAACUUGAUAAACCCAAAUUCAGCAGUGGAGUAGAUGAUCAAAUCCUCCGAGAAUCUGGAGAUGUGGUUCAUGAAGAGAGUGGACCAGAAAAGCGUUUCAAUAACAAAAUCACGGUCACUCACAGCUGUUAAAGAGUUACCAAUGACAGAAUCAAACCCAAGGCCCUUGGCAAGGAAUUCUCUAUCGAUUCCAUAUGGAUGGCCUGCGAGCGCACCAGCCCCUAAAGGAGACUGGUUGACUCUGACCAAAAUUUGCUUCAAUCUCUUGUAAUCUUCAGUGAAAUAAGUAGCAUAACACGACAACCAGUGGGACCAUCUGAUUGGCUGGGCCCUUUGCAAAUGGGUGUACCCUGGCAUCAAAACGUCGAUUUCCUGCCGAGCUCUCUUGGUAAGAACACCAAUGAACCCAGAUAAAAACUCCAACAACUUCUCCAAGUUCUCACGAACAAAGAUCCGCAUAUCAGUGGCUACCUGAUCGUUUCUUGAUCUUCCUGUGUGCACUUUUCCAGCAAUAUGUUUCCCAAUUAUUUCCCCUAAUCGUCUUUCAUUGGCAGUGUGAAUAUCUUCAUCACCGGCCUUUUCCUCAAAGGUAUUGGUUUGCCAUUCAUUUCUGAUUUCCUCAAUCCCUUUGUGGAUGGCGGUUAAUUCGUCACUGGUUAUCAAUCCAAGCUUCUGCAAUCCUUCAGUAUAAACCUUGGUUCCAGUUAAAUCUGCAUCAUACAUUUUCUGGUCGUAUGGUAAGGAGGCAUUGUACAAGUCCAUCAAGGGGUCCGAGGCUCCGGUGAAUCUUCCACCCCAUAAUCUGUUCUCUGUUGGUUUUGACAUAUUGUUUUUUGUGGAUUAAGUCCAAAUGUUGAGUUU